CACCCCCUGUACCCCAGCCGUCGCCUCCUACCGUAGCUACUGCCACCACCGCCACCACCCCUUCCACGCACAGCAGCCGCCUCCUUCGCAUCCGCUUAUCUCUACUCGAAGAGAUUCAACAACUCAGGUGUACAUGAAGAAUCGCCGCGACUCGCGUUCGCACGCGUCGCCCGAGCGUCGAUCGACUGGCAAGGAAGGAACACCGAGCAAGUUCCCGCGUCUGCCGCGUCAGUCGACCGCCAUCGACGAGAGCUGCCUGCCGCCUCCACCGCCUGCGGGCAGCGGUCGCAUGUCAUGUCGGCGGGGGUCGCAGCCGAUCGCACUUAGCCCCGACCCGACCGAAGAGGGUGGUCGCAAGGCGAGACGCGACAGUCUGUCGCCCGACUCAGCCAGCUACGCGCGCGGCCGGCGCGACUCCAAGUCACACUUGUCGCCUGACAGGUCGGGUGAGCGUGACGUGUCGCCUGUAGGCGGCCGCAGCCGCCGCGGUCGCUUGCGCCGACAAUCGACGUCGGUGCAGGGCGGAGGCGGGCGACGCGGCUCGCACUCGCCACGCAGUCCCGAGUCGUCGUCGACGUGUUCGUCGCGCGAUCCAUCGCCCGGCAAACCGGUAUCGUCAUCCGGAGGGCCGUCGCACGCUCCCGCCAUCCGUCGCCAGUCGACCACCGAGGAAAUUCUGAUCGCGCGUGGUUUUCGUCGCCAGUCGACCACCGAGGAGAUGAUACGUUGUCGCAACUUUCGUCGACAGUCGUCGCAGUCGGACGACUGUUGUCGCUAUCGCGGGCGACGCGACUCGUGCGCGCAGAUCACUGACGGCACUCUCGCCACCAUGACCGUUGAGACCACCAGCACCUUCUUCGAUUCCAGCACGCAGACAGAGCCGUCGCCUCUGUACGACAACAACCACUACCACGAGGAAUGCCUGCGCUGCAAUUCGUGCGGCCUGAACCUGACCGGGCCGAACCAGAAGCGCGCACGUCGCUUCAAGAACCACAUCCUGUGUGACCUGCACUUCGCAGACGUCGCCCUCAUGGAGUGCAGCGACUUCAUGCAGCAGCUGCGCAGCUUUAAGCCGCAGUCGCUCGGCUGUGCGGUCGCGCGACGCAAGUCAUCCACCACGCUCAUCUUUCCGCUACCGCCGCAGGCUUGCUCAGAUGAGUUUUGCGAAGAGUUUCCGCACAACCUGAUCCCGACCCCGGGCUACUGGAUCGAGUGCUCGCGCCAGAAGAUCGCCUCGGACACCAUCUGGGAUGAGUCAGAGUCGGAGAGAGAUGAUGAUGGUGGCGGCGGUGGGAGGGGGGAAGGUGACGACGAUGGUGAGAGCAGGACACGUGACCCCCUCCUCGAGGAUGCCGAGGAUGAAGAGGAGGAGGAGGAAGAACCCAGGAAAAAGACGGUGAUUGAAGAGCAGUGGGAGAAAAAUCAGGGCUUCGAGCUGACAUCGGUCGAGCAGGAGACGUACGAAAAGUACUUUUAUGGCACAGAGCACUGGAACUACUUCACCAAUGACGAGGAUCUGGGUCCGGUCAUUCUCAGCAUCAAACAAGAAAUACUCAACGGCAGGGACCAAUUCAGAAUACUGGUGCGUGCUAUCAGCUACACAGUGCACGGCCUUAUUCCAGCGUCGUGUGUUUUUGCCGACCGCUACAACCGAGAGGAAGUGGUCAGAUCUCUCGGCAAAGAAGUUAACAUAAACCCUCCCCUUACCCUAGGACAACUGCCAGAUACUCCCGAGGAGUUGCUCAAAUUAGACCAGGUGUUCAUUAAGUCAGAAUUGAAAGUAGGAGUUAUUUACGUCAAAGAAGGACAAUAUAGUGAGGAAGAAAUUCUGGAUAACAAUGAAAAUAGUCCAUUGUUCACAGAGUUUUUACAGAUUCUUGGUGAUAAAGUCAGAUUAAAAGGCUUUGACAAGUACAAAGGAGGCCUGGACACGGUGCAUGACCUGACCGGCCUCUACUCCGUCUACACCAACUGGAGAAGUAUCGAGAUCAUGUUCCAUGUCUCCACACAGCUGCCUUAUGAAAAACACGAUCCACAAAAGCUGCAAAGGAAGCGACAUAUAGGUAAUGACAUAGUUUGCGUCGUCUUCCUUGAAGCAGACAACACGCCUUUCUCACCAGCCUGCAUCAAGUCGCACUUUCUUCAUACUUUUAUACUAGUUCGAACGAGUCCGAGAAUCAAACGCAAGCCUACCAGAUACGAGGUGUCAGUGGUGACGCGAGACGAGGUGGGCGCGUACAAACCGUAUCUGUGGGAGCAGUCGGUGUUCGACAAGGGCGCAAUGUUCCGUGAGUGGCUGUUGACCAAGAUCGUGAACGGGGAGCGCGCCAGCUACUCUGCGCCCAAGUUCGCACGCAUGCAGGAGCGCACGCGCAGUCAGAUGCUCGAGGACAUUGUUGCCAACCUCGCCAACCAUGCCGAAACCGGACAGAUACCAAAACCUUACAGACGAGGCUCGUGGCGACCGAUCGGCCACAUGCGUCCCUCCAGCCCACUGCUGGACUCAGUGCGUGACCGCUUCGAGGACUACGACCAGCUGGCCAAGGACUUCACGCGCGUCUUCCUCAACUCGGACGAGAAUGUCGCCAUCAACGCCAACCUUUUCGACGUCGUCUUCCUCGUCGGCCAAUCCAAGCAGAAGAUGCGCUUCAUCGGCGUCAGAGCUAUUCUCGGCGUCAGGAGCAGAGUGUUCCAAGAGAUGUUGUACGGCAUCUCGACUGGAUUCGGAUCACCACAAGUGCCAGUGGCUGAGCUGUUGGCACGUGCAGUGCCUAGCCUUCCCAGUCCACAAAAGCCCAAAAGUAGUAAUUUCCUGCAAGUGCCCGAUAUCGAAACUCCUAGACCAAAAAGUGUGCCAAGCUCUCCAAUGGUGAAGAGAGCAUUCUCGAGAUUAGGAACGCUGACGGCCGGGUGGGGCAGAUCCAUAAGGAAGCAGCAUUCGCAGCUCUCUGCCGAUGACAAGAAGAAGUGGGCGUCGUCGCAAGACUGCUCCAACAAAGAAGGAAAGAGCAAGGAUGCACAGGACAAGGCGGCGGCGCCACAGUUGGCCGUACCCAGACUGAGUGUGUGUGCUGACGUGCAGAAGGUCGAUCGCGCCAAGCUAGCUCAAGUUGAGUUUUCUAUAAUAGAGUUUGAUCCUGAGACGUUCAGGAUACUGCUGGAUUACCUGCAUACCAGCUCCUGUCCGCUCACCUGUGCCAAUAUCCCGGGACUGAUUUGUGCUGCCGAGCACUAUGACUUGCCCGAACUCCUACAAGCCUGCUUCCAUCAUGCCAAACAGUUCCUCAGGAUAGAAGUGGUUUGCAUCAUGCUGUGUUCUCUUGAAAACUAUUAUUGGCGCUACACAUCGGCUUCUGAAUUGGUCAAUAUGAUAUUGGCUUUCGUUGAAACCAGAGCUCACCAGCUAUUUGUGACAUCGGACUUCCUGACUCUGUCGGAGUCAAUGGUACAGAUGAUAAUGUGUCGCAACUUGGAGGUGCCAGAGGUGCGCAAGUUCGAGGCGAUGCUCGGCUGGGCUCGCCACCGUAUUCGCACCAAGACCUCGUCUAAGCUCGACGCAAAGGUGGAGUUCAAGUGUAUCAUGGAGCGACUGGCUCGCGACCUCAAACUCUACCGCAUUUCGCCUCAGGAACUCAUCAAGGUGGUACUACCAUCGAAAGCGAUCAAGAACGAACGCAUCCUGGAGACGCUGAUGUUCCAGGCGAACUCUGGAAUGUACCGCAUCCAGGACAGCUACCUGGAGGCGUGUCAGAAGCGACUGCAGAAGCAGGACUCGAGGUUCAGCGAGUUCGAGUCGUUCGACUACGGAAUAUAACACCAGGCCAAGGAGACGUUGACAUAAACCGACGCCAACCAUCCUCUCUUGGCCUACUCUUCUCUCAUGGGAAGAAGGAAGAUUUUGGGCUACCAGCCUUCAGCAUGGAUAUUUUUCAACUUUUAUAACGUGAGGCUUAACUGAAUCAUUGUAGAUGGUUGGCUGCAAUGGAGCGAUAUCAAAGCAAUGAGCAGCCAAGCAAAGUCAAAACAUUUAUCUUGGAUCUUCUAUGCCCACUCAUUAAUGAAUCCCAUGUUAUAAGCAAAAAGCUUUUGGGUAUCAUUUUGGCGAAAAUUGUGAAUCAGUACAAGUCACAAAGAAAUAACGCCUAUCAUCUAGCUAAGAAUUUAGUCAUUCGGUGUUCCAACACUCUUGAGCCCUACAUUGAAGCAAUUUGAUUGAUGGGCGAACGAUAUCAACCGAAUCAGCUGAGUGUGUGCCAGGAAAACUAUGGCAAGUUGAAUGCAACUGGUGUCAUUGUGACCUACAGUACCGGCCAGUAUGCACGGAAAUCGAAUGUUACAUGGAAAAUUUAGGAAAUCCACUACAAAACUUGACCUGACACGAGAUAAUCAUCGGAAAUUUCAACUCACUUGAUACUGUUUCGAGAAGUGUGGACGAACUUUACCGUAUUAAUAUAUUUCACUAAAGAAUCCACUAGAGUUUUUCAAUAAUUUUCUGUCUUAAUGAGGUGAACAGUCUGUCUCCAGUGCAUCCAAACGCACUGCUUCAAAUCACUAUUUUAUCAUGUAUAAUAAUUAUUAAGAAUCUUCUAUAUCAAAUUUAUUAUUGUGCAUUGUUGUUGUAACGUUUUGUGCUACCAAUCGCAUACUUCUUAAAUAAAAGAUUUAUUAAUCCAUUCA